AUGGAGCGUGAACACAGGAGCACCCUGUGGGAAGAACGUUUCCCCAGGAGGAUGGGCCAAGAGGAGCUCCGUCCGUGCCUCAUCCCGCCCCCACCCCUCGACUCCCAGCCCAUGUCCACAACGCACGACGAUGUCGUGGAGGCCGGCGGGAGUGAGAAGACCGAGGAGGAGGCCCGGGCUGGGGAAAAUGAGGACGAGGCGGCCCCAGUACCUGAGGUGGAGGAGGAGGAGGAGGCGGGCCGGCCCCGUGGAAAUGGCCAGCAGGAGUCCCCAGCCAUCGCCCGGGCUGAGCCGGAAGACGAGCCUGGCCCCAAGGUGGACGGGGCGGACGAUGAAAGCUCAUGGAGCUUGGAGAGUGUGUGUGAGACCGACCUCGCUGAGAGCAACCUUGCUGAAAGUGAUAGAGACUCGGUGGCGGAGAGCACCGACUGCCGCCAGGAUGAGGAGGCUGCAGCAACGCACGACGAUGUCGUGGAGGCCGGUGGGAGUGAGAAGACCGAGGAGGAGGCCCGGGCUGGGGAAGAUGAGGACGAGGCGGCCCCAGUACCUGAGGUGGAGGAGGAGGAGGAGGCGGGCCGGCCCCGUGGAAAUGGCCAGCAGGAGUCCCCAGCCAUCGCCCGGGCUGAGCCGGAAGACGAGCCUGGCCCCAAGGUGGACGGGGCGGACGAUGAAAGCUCAUGGAGCUUGGAGAGUGUGUGUGAGACCGACCUCGCUGAGAGCAACCUUGCCGAAAGUGAUAGAGACUCGGUGGCGGAGAGCACCGACUGCCGCCAGGAUGAGGAGGCUGCAGCAACGCACGACGAUGUCGUGGAGGCCGGUGGGAGUGAGAAGACCGAGGAGGAGGCCCGGGCUGGGGAAGAUGAGGACGAGGCGGCCCCAGUACCUGAGGUGGAGGAGGAGGAGGAGGCGGGCCGGCCCCGUGGAAAUGGCCAGCAGGAGUCCCCAGCCAUCGCCCGGGCUGAGCCGGAAGACGAGCCUGGCCCCAAGGUGGACGGGGCGGACGAUGAAAGCUCAUGGAGCUUGGAGAGUGUGUGUGAGACCGACUUCGCUGAGAGCAACCUUGCCGAAAGUGAUAGAGACUCGGUGGCGGAGAGCACCAACUGCCGCCAGGAUAGGGGCAGGGCUCCAGAAAUCAAUGGAGAAGACGGCAUCUAUGCCUCAGUGCUCAUGCAUGCAGGGCGGCUCACCUGGCCCAUCCCUGCAUCCUUGUGGAUGUUUAGUGCUCCUGGCAUCACAGAGAAGACAUGGCAGGAUCCCGACCUGAGUGGGAACUGCCAGGGUCUGGGUCUUCCCUCUGCCUCUGAUGACGUGGAUGGCCGGGCCUUGCAUGCCCAGACCCUGGCUGCUGGAACAUCCCUAACUCACCCUUUCUCUCCUCGUGUCUCUAACAUGUUUCUUUAUAUCCCGUGCCUCGAGCCGCCUUGGGAAGAGCGAGAGGAUGUGAUGCCUGGAGCCGUCAGAGCUGUGCCUGACCAGCGACCAGGCCCGGCAGCCCGCCCUCAGCUCCCGGAGGCGUGGGCGGGGCUUUGGGAGCCCAGCGCUUCGCUGCGCGGGCGACAGCGCGCGCUGCGGGAGGUCGCGGCGUCGACGUCGGCUUCGGCAUUGGCGGCCUUUGCUUGGACCACAAUGGAGGCGGCGGCGGCGGCGGCGGCCCUUGCUUGGGCCACAGCGGAGGCGGCGGCCCCCCCCUUGCGUGGGCCACAACGGAGGCGGUUAGUUCCUCCGGUUCUGCGGCAGCCGCCUGAGGCGCAGGAACCCAGGACGCAGUCGGUUCCAGGCGUAGCUUAUGUGCUACGAUCAUGGUGGAGGGUCAUGGCUGCGACUCAGCAGAGGCCUUUCGACUCGGUGGUGUUCAACGUGUCUGGCUUCCCCGGCUGCCAGCGCCACUCUCUCCCCCGCCCUCCAGCCCCCUUCUCAGGGCUGAGGGUUCUAGUCACGUGA